AUGGCAGACUUUUUCUCUCUUCUUCCGGACACCCUCAUCAUUCUCAUCAUCUCUUCCCUCCCCUUCAAAGAGGCCGCCAGAACCUCCGUGCUCUCAAAGCGCUGGCGUCGCUUUUUUCACGAAACCAAAACCGUUGAUUUCGAUGAGACCCACUUCAUAAAAGAGAGCACUGAAGAAGACCAGAGCAAAAAAGACACCCAGAGAAGAGCAUUCCUCGAUUUCCUCAGUGAUUGGGUCCGAAACUCCACCGCACCCGUUUUGAACAAACUUCGCCUGGCAAUCUCCAACCCCCAGGACAGCGCCCUGCAAGUUAACAACUGCGUUAGAUUCGCAGUCGACCGAAAGGCGAAGAUUCUCGAACUGGACUUCUCGGAUCCAUCGUGGAAUGAAGAAAGUUUUGAAAACCACGAUGCCCUGUUCGAUUUACCACCCUCCAUUUACGAGCACGACACUCUGGAAUUUUUGAAGUUGUUCUCUUGCAAUUUCUUGUCUUCCGGGUUUGAAAAUUUCACUAGUCUCAAGUCGAUUUCUCUGGGUUGGAUUGAAUUGCCCAAUUCAUCUCUCGGGUCCCUGUUAUCCACAUGUAGAUUUCUAGAAAACUUGUCUUUAAAGAAGUGCUGGGGGUUGGAAUAUGUAAGUGUUUCAGCGCCGAGGCUUAAGAGUUUGGUGAUUGACAAGUGCUUGGACCUUGAGAAUGGGGUUUGGAUUAAUAGUAGAACAAAGUUGAGGGUCUUCAAGUACAUCGGGUUGUUGGUGAACGUUGAAAUUGAAUCCUGGAGAGACUUGGAGGAGGCAUACCUUGAUUACGGCUUGGAGUCUAAUUUGCGGGAUUGUGGGGACCUGCUUUAUCAAACCCUUGACAAUGUUUACUCCGUUAGGCAUCUUACUGUGUGCAGUUAUAUGCUUCAGGAGAUUCCCUCUGCAGAAGAUUGGCCCACUAUGAAACCUCCUCUCCAGUGCUUGAAACUCUUGACUUUGAAAACUGCCUUGCAUCCUCACGAGUACCAUGGAAUCUCUUUCUUCCUCAACAGCUGCCCCUGCCUAGAGACCCUCACACUCGACAUAGUCCCCUCAAAGAUAUUUCAAGAGCGAGCUACCCAUCUUCCACUACAAGAACACGAAUUCUUGGGCAAUUCCAAGUACGUGCUGGUGCAGAAGUGGAUGAAAAGCUUGAAGGUGGUGGAAGUGAAGGGCUUCAAAGGAGGAGUCUUUGAAGUGGCAGUAGUGGGAUUUCUGAUGGCGUGUGGAAGAGGACUGGAGAGGCUCUCCAUUGUGCUAUCCAAGGAUAAGGGGGAUCCUAGUCAAGAGGACAGGUACCGAACGGAUGCCGAAAGGUUGCUGAGAUUUCCAAGAGCCUCAGCCUCUCUGCGUGCUUCAAUCAUCUGA